AGAGAGAGAGAGAGAGAGAGAGACUUACUCCCUGUGGAUGUCUAAUUGUUUUCUGUUUCUGACUGCUGAGAUGUUCGUAAUGAAACUCCUGGUUUCUACCUUCUCAGGUGUUCGGUCUCCAUGACCAUAUGAGGAACCCGGAACUGGCGCACCUGUGAGCUGACGUCACACGCUGAAAGUACCUGCUGUGGGUCACAGAGCAGAAACAGAGUGAAACUCGAGGAAGAAGCUACGGACGGGAUUUAUUAGGGAUUACGCCCAAAGUGACGUGGGAUUUUAGUUCUUUGGUCGGUUUUUCUUCGCGGGGAGAGUCGACUAAAGCUCGGACACACACAUGGCUACCGCUCGGGUCGCCGUUUGCUGCCUUUUAUUCGUGUUUCAGGCCUCGGGCCUGCUGGCAGCUGAGGAGUCAACAUGUGUUCCAGGAUUCAAGUCUGACUUUUUAAUAUUCAAAGUCAGCAGAAAACACCUGAAUCGAGGCACACGGCUGGGCAAAGUUGACUUCUCCGACUGCACGCUGCGAACCAGGUUCCUUUUCACCACUGAUGACAAUCGUUUUGUUGUGCACUCAGAUGGAACGUUAGCUGUAAAGAGACCGGUUCUUCUUCACGAGGGACAAUGGGACUUUUUUGUCCACUCCUGGGACUCGCAAGGCAAGAAAAUGACUGUUCCUGUCCAGCUGCUGCGUCAGGGGCAUCACCAUGGAAACAUGCAGAAUGUGGAGCAUCACCAUGGGGCCCAGAACCAGAACUGUACAGAAGAAGGCUCGGAGGCAAACCCAGAAGGCUCGGAGGCAAACCCAGAGAGUACAGCUGAUCCUCAGGUGCCCAUCCUGACGUUCCCAAAGUCUAGUAAAGGACUAGGUAGGAUUAAGCGAGGCUGGGUCAUCCCCCCCAUCAAUGUUCCUGAGAAUUACAGAGGAAAGUUUCCCCAACAACUUGUCCAGAUUCGCUCUGAUUUGGAUAAAACCAAGAAGAUCUAUUACAGUGUCGCUGGUCCAGGAGCUACCGAGCCUCCUAUUAAUCUCUUCACCAUGGACAGGGACACGGGGUUCCUGUACGCCACGCAAGCACUCGACAGAGAAAAACAAGCUAAUUACGUACUCGUAGCACAUGCCAAUGUAGCUGGAGGAACAGGAACGGCAGAGGAUCCAAUGGAGAUUAUAGUUAAUGUAAUUGACCAGAAUGACAACAAACCUAUUUUUACUCAGUCCACCUACACUGCAUCCGUUGCUGAGGCCUCGCCCAUCAAUUUUGACAUCGUUCAGGUCGAAGCCACAGAUGCUGAUGAUCCAAACACUGACAACGCUGAUAUCCGCUACCGCAUCACGAGCCAGGUUCCAGAGGUACCCUACGUUGACAUGUUUACCAUCAACCCAACAACAGGAGCUAUCAGAGUCAAUCGUCCAAAUCUGGACAGAGAGAAAUACCCUCAGUACACACUGAUGGUACGAGCUGCAGACACACAGGGAGAAGGGUUGUUUACUGAGGCCAAAGUAAUACUCAAGGUAACGGACAGCAACGACCUUCCUCCAGUCUUCACACAGUCCUCAUAUAAAUCAUCAGUUGAAGAGAAUAAAGUGGAUGCUGUGGUGGUUAGAAUGUCGGUGACGGACGGAGACGAUCCACACACUCAAGCCUGGAACGCCAAGUUCACGAUUGUAGACGGAGAUGCCGGAGGAUUUUUUGCUGUGAAAACGGGAGCCAACAAACAGGAAGGAAUUCUUUAUACCGUUAAGGGUCUGGACUAUGAGAUGACCAGCAUAUACACUCUGAUGGUUUCAGUGGAGAACGAGGUUCCAUUUGUUAAUGAUGUGCCCACCUCCACUGCAACAGUCACAGUCACGGUCCUCGACAUCAACGAACCUCCGAUAUUCGAUCCCACGGAGAAGCAUGUGGCCAAACCUGAGAGCCUUCUUCCUGGCAGUGGGGUGACGGUGUACACGGCUUCAGACCCGGACACGGCGCGCAAACAGACGGUCAUGUAUCGAAUGUUGAGCGACCCUGCAGGCUGGCUGGAAGUAAAAAAGGAAACUGGUGAGAUUACAGUGAGAAACCUGAUGGACAGAGAGUCCCCGUACGUCAAAGCUGACAAAUACACGGCGCUCAUCGGUGCAUAUGAUGAUGAUGCGCUCCCGGCCACCGGGACUGGCACUCUGGUCGUUACGCUUCAGGAUGUGAACGACAACGCGCCGGCCAUUUUGGAGCGGGAUGUCACAGUGUGCAACAAGAAUCCAGUUUCUCAGCUGCUGACUGUAGUGGAUGAGGAUGGACCAGGCUUCACGUCACCGUUCAGCGUGUCUGUACAUGAAAAUUCACAGUCUAACUGGACUGCGAGGAUGAACAGCACGAAAACCGGGAUCAUCCUGGAUUUGAAACCCGGUGUUGCCAGUGGAACGUACUCUGUGUUGCUUAAGGUUGCAGACAUCGAGGGACUGCCACAGGUCUGCACGCUCACAGCCAAAGUGUGUGACUGCACCGGAGAUAAUUUGGAGUGUCUGGAUCGGGUCAUAGGUGGCACCAGUCUACCAGUCAUCCUGGGGAUCCUUGGAGGCAUCUUGGCACUGCUCUUGCUGGUGCUGCUGCUGCUUGCAUUUACAAAUCGGAAACGACCACAAAAGGGGACGCCUUUGCUGCAAGAUGAUGACUUACGAGACAACAUCUUUUACUAUGAUGAAGAAGGAGGCGGAGAGGAUGACCAGGACUAUGAUCUAAGCGUCCUCCAUCGUGGUCUGGACAAUCGGCCGGAGGUCUUUCGAAAUGAUGUGGCUCCAGCUUUCUUGCCAGCACCUCAGUACAGACCCCGUCCCACCAACCCGGAUGAGAUCGGAACCUUUAUCGAUGAUAACCUGAAAGCUGCCGACAACGACCCGACUGCCCCGCCCUACGACUCCUUGUUGGUGUUUGACUACGAGGGGGUUGGCUCCGAAGCAGGAAGCCUCUCCUCUCUGAACUCCUCCAGCAGUGGAGAUGAGGACUACGACCGCCUCAACGACUGGGGCCCCCGCUUCAAGAAACUGGCCGACAUGUAUGGAGGAGGAGAGGAUGACGACAUGCUGUAAACGCACCAGAAAACAAACCCUGGGAAGAAAUGUCUGGUUGCAGCACAAAACUCCUUCCAGCCAGACCAAAACUUGUUUGUAAUUCUGGUUUUUAGUUAAGUCUGAGCAGGGAGCCCACUGCUCAGGAGCCAAAGGAUGAGUUUGUUUUUAUAAGUUUGUUCCCUUAAAGAUUUGUUUUUAUGGCUGAUUUCUUUGUACAUGUUAGUGAAACUUUAAUAUGUUUUGUAUCAUGCUGUGGGAAGAUUUCUGUAAAAUUAUUAGAAAACGGUACAAUUUCUCUUUAGUACCGUUUCACUCCCACACACGCUGAUAACAUCCAGGUAGCUAGCUGACCUAAUAUCAGCUUGAUGAGUUACUAAAUGCCUUUUUAAAAAUGUUUUUUGUCCAGUUCUGUUCUGCUUUGUCAUAUCUUUAUUACAAAGAUUUAAUAAAUUUGACUUAUGUUUUUUUUUAUUACAA